GUGAGCAAAACCAUUGCAGAGCAGAAGACUGUUGCUAUAUUUAUGUAUUUUUGCAUCUUUUGGUUUUCAGGAUUUUUCGUGGGCUUUAAACUUUAAAUCAUAGAGAUAUUACCUGAUAGGCUUGUAAAAAUAGCUAGGGAAAAAUGAAGAAUCUUUGCUAACAAAUCUAUUGCUAAAUAUGUUUUAAAGCACUUUGCAAAGUGCUGAGUGUUUCAAGCUUUACAAAAGCAUAAUGAGGUGUGCCAUUAUCUCUGGUUUUACCCAGACAAGUUGAGACAAAUUCUGAGAUUGAAUAUGUAAAGUACCUGUUAAUCUCUGCAGAGGAUCUGGUGCUGGUAUCUUGUCAUGAUUGAUUGAGACUCCUAACUGGGAAUGAGUAUGGCUAGAUAGGUGAAAGGCAGACUAUCUUCUGUUAUUGCUAUUGGAAGAGAUCCACCUUACUGAGUAUCACUGGAACCAUCAACUCAAUGGUGGGGCUGGGAAAGUAUUUUGCUUGCCACAUAUAAAAGAAUCCAGAACUUGCUUUUCUUAUUAUGAAGAUGUCAGUCCAACUUAGAUCUUAAGAAAAUGAUCUUGUAGGAAGACCUCUGUUAGCUGCCGCACUGUCACUUGGAGCUGCCAGACACCCCAACAGGACAGGAGCUUGUGGUUUUAAUUCCUUACCCUUACGAUCCCUUUCUCUUACUGUUCUUUGAUGCUGACCCACAGCACAGGAUGUCCUGGCCAAGGGGUGCUUUGGUUCAUGUGGGGUGUUUGUAUGAAAAGGGUCAGGGCUGCGUGUGAUGUGCUCCUCACCCCAAAGUGAACAAGUUAAAGCUGACAGCUCCAGGUGGCUGAUGAUCAGGUUUUGAGAUGGAGCAUCUUAAGCUCCAUAAUUCAAAUUCCUGCAAGUUUCUUCUCACGAUCCGACUGGGUUGAUAUGGGCAAUGCAGAACCUGUCGUGCUGCAAUCCCACUUUUCAUCUUGAUAACCACGAGCUUUUCCAAAGGUUGGCUGCUCCAGGUUAGUAGCACUCUCUGUGGCAAGGUGCAAGUGUGUGGGACCCACCUCUGCAUCUUGCCCUUUCGGUACCAUGGCUCUGGGAAUAACUUGCUGGGAGCUGUAGUGAAGCUGAGGGGCAAAACGCCAUUACCUGGGCUCUGAUUUGCCCAGAAUCUCCUGGUCCAGACUAAUACCUCUGUGAAAGCCUACAGCUGUCUAGGAGUGGAACAAAAAAGAAGAAAUGAGGGAGGUGAAGAUGAAAGGGGAAGGCCUGGAUGUUCUAAGUGAAAGACAGUAAUUUCAUUGAAGAAGAAAAGCUUGAGAGAAUGAGAGAAAUAACCUAAGUUCACAGUCACCUUCCUUGCAGUGAAAUGGCUUGGCAGCAGUGUUUAUAAACAGCGCCGGUUAGCAGAGCUUACCCCUUUCUGCCUUUCUAUUAAAAGAAGUAUUUUUCACUUGACUUAGUGUGUUGUAAGCAGAAGUUUUGGUCUGUAACGCGGGAGCUGACUUGGAUGAAAGAGAGAAGAAACCCCCAAACCUUCCUGAUGCUUCAGCCUCCCGGACGCGACUGACGGAGCAUCCUUGUGUGUUCCCCGGGGCUGCCGCCAACUUUCAAGGAGCCGGGAGGCGGAAGCAUCGCGUGUGUGCGGAGCGGUCCCGUCUGACCCGCAGCGCGGCUGCUGUUCCGGGGGUGCGGGGCGGGGUGUCUGGGCUCAGGCCCGGGGGAGCUGACGGGACGACAAGGGGCUCGGGGGGACUCCCGUCCCCGCCUCCGCUCCUCGGUGCCGCCCCGUCGGAUGGGGGCGGGGCUGGCGCAUGCGCACUCAGCCCUCACCGCCGCCUAUAAGUGGGGGGGCGCGGCGCCCCCCACCCAUCGGCGGUGCGGGGCGCGGCGCCGGACGGGGCGCACGGUGUUGUAGAGCCCCCCGGGCGGGAGGAGGACCCCGCACCCGCUGCCUUCACUCAUGGACGUGCGCGGGGCGCGGGCCGGGCGGCCGGCACGGAGUAGCGAGUAGCGGCGCCGCCCGCCCCCUCAGCCCUCCGCACCGCUCGGCCGGUACUUCCCGGCGGCGGCGGCUCCGCACCCGCGGUCCAGCCCCGGGCAUGCGGCGGCGGCGGCGGCAGCAGGACCCGCGGCGAGACUCCCCGCAGCGCGGCGGCUGCAUGCCCCGGGGGGCCGGGCGGCGCUGCCCCGGCGCGGGGGGGCUCUGACGGAGCGGCCGCCCGCCGCGCCGCGCCAUGCCGGGCGGGCGGUGCUGGCUGCUGCUGGCGGCGCUGGGCUGGCUGCUGCCGGCGGGGGCCGCGGGCAGCGGCGAGUACUGCCACGGCUGGCUGGACGGGCAGGGCGGCUGGCGGGACGGCUUCCAGUGCCCCGAGCGCUUCGACGGCGGCGACGCCACCAUCUGCUGCGGCAGCUGCGCCCUCCGGUACUGCUGCUCCAGCGCCGAGGCGCGCCUCGACCAGGGCGCCUGCGACAACGACCGGCGGCAGGGCGGUGGCGAACCGGGCCGCCCCGGCAAGGACGGCCCCGACGGCGCGGCAGUGCCCAUCUAUGUGCCAUUCCUUAUCGUUGGAUCUGUAUUUGUCGCCUUCAUCAUCCUGGGGUCGCUGGUGGCAGCUUGCUGCUGCAGAUGCCUGCGGCCCAAGCAGGAGCCACAGCAGAGCCGAGCCCCUGGGGGCACCCGCUUGAUGGAGACGAUCCCCAUGAUCCCAAGUGCCAGCACCUCCCGGGGCUCCUCCUCACGCCAGUCGAGCACCGCUGCCAGCUCCAGCUCCAGCGCCAACUCAGGGGCCAGGGCACCCCCGACUAGGUCCCAGACCAACUGCUGUUUGCCCGAGGGGACCAUGAACAAUGUCUAUGUCAACAUGCCGACAAACUUCUCGGUGCUGAACUGCCAGCAGGCUACCCAGAUCGUGCCACACCAGGGGCAGUACCUGCACCCCCAGUAUGUGGGCUACGCUGUGCAGCACGACUCGAUGCCGCUGACCCCUGUGCCCCCCUUCCUCGAUGGUUUGCAGAGCGGCUACAGGCAGAUCCAGUCUCCCUACCCGCACACCAGCAGCGAACAGAAGAUGUACCCAGCGGUGACUGUGUAGCGCUGAUGCCUUCCUCCCCCUUCCCACCCAGCAGUUUUUCAUAUCUAAACUGAGCGGUGGAGAAAUACUUCCUUGGAACGAAGCUCCCAGAACAUCACUUGUAAAUAAUUUUGAAAGGCUCAUGCAUGUCAGACAGUGUUUAUAAACCAUUUAUUUCCAUCGGGGUCCGCUGCCAGAAACUCUAGGAUGAUAUCUCUGAAUUAACAUUGCCAGAUCCACUCUCAUUCCAGUGCAUGAUUUACAGUGCCGAAGGAUUACACUGAAAAUCCAUAUGUAUUUCAGAUCGCUGUACUUGUGAGAUAAACGCUGGAGCCAUUAAGUGCCCUUCAGGUACGACAUGUUCAGAAGUAUUUGCCUAAUUAAUUCGUAGAAAGAGUUUUGUUACGCUGUACGAGGUUGCAGUACUUAAGAAACCUCUUUUCUCCUUUCCCAGCUUCUUAAUGACAUUUCCUGUUGCUUUACAGACAAUCACAACCAAGCGCCAACCAGUGCAAUCCCUGCAUGCCAGGUGCUGGUACCAGCCCCGUGGCUUCUUAUACAUCCCUGGUUUGGGGUGAGAUGCCACAAAAGGCUUAGUCUUGCAAAGACCAGUUUUCCUUGUCCCUGGUAUUUAUGUAGGAAUUAGAAGGGUGUGAAUUAUUCAGCUCUUCUUUCCAUGCACUUGAAACCCUUCUUGAUUUGGUUUUGUCUCAAGAUCAGGACCCAGUAGUGGUUUGCACAGACUUUGUGAACUUGUAACUAAGAACAGGGUACGAGGUGCUUGCUCUUCCUGACACAAAGCUUUUGGUACAGCCGGCCACGGCUGAGCUGAACCUGCCUUUGCAGAGAAAGGUCCUACUGUGACUCCGAACGCGCCUGGCAUAACCUCACUUCCCAUGAAACACUAAACCCAUGUGAGCACACACGGAGUUGUCAGCCCCAAGCCCUGCCUGCAAUGGAGUCUGACCAUUGGAAAAUGGACUUUGUCCCCCUCCGGCCCACUGUGAGCAGCAGCUCUGCUCUGCUCUGCGGUGCUGGGGAGGGUGUCACACAAAGCAGCCCCAGCCUGGGUGCAGGGGGGCUGGCAGAGGUUGAAACCUAUCCCCUUUUCUUCUCUAUCCAUGGGGCAGGGGAUGAGGAAGGCACAGCUGUACUUUAGAAAAAAGGCCCAACCAAAGGAUGAAGGUGCUUGUGGCUCCCCACAAUGCCACGGGGUCAGGGAGGAGGCAUGAUGUGGACUGAGGAGAUGACAUUGCAAUGGCGCUGCUUUGCUUCAUCUGGGCAAAAAAAACCUCUCCAGGAAACAGCAUGCUGGGAAUAAUCAGACUGUACAUUAAUCAUAGUGUGUUACCCCGGAUGCAACAAACUGUUUAGGCUGGUUUUGUCUCUUGAAAAAAGUAGUCUGUAUUUCCAUCGAUUUGUUCAGCCGAAACACUGCAACAGAGGACUGAGGCCAUAUACCAAACCCAGGCAAUUACUGUAACCAGAGCUGAUAAAAGGUUUCUUAUUGCCUGAUACUGUAUCAGUAUGUAGCAAUAACUGUGAUAUUACUUUUUUUGUAUGUCUGUUUUUAAACUACAUGUCCGUGCUGAAGCAUUGCCAAAUUCAGUGGUUUACUCGUAAACAUGCCACACACAGGCAGUCUGCAGCGGGCAGCCAUGGUCUGACCACUGACAUAGGAAAAUGAAUAGCUAAUUUAUCCCAGAGCUGCUGUUCGUGGCUGCCAGCGUCCAUUCAGCACGUAGGACCUGGAGAGGAAAAUUGGCUUAUGAGACCUGGCAUCCCUCUGCCCUGGCUGGGUGCCUUCAGCGAGGCAGCGGCCGGCUGCUGGAGGCGUUGGGUGACUGCUCUGCUCCAGGACACCUCCAAAGGCAGGGGAGUGCAGCAGAGCUGGGUGCUGCCAGGCUUCAGAGGACCCAACGUGCGCCCAGGUCUCGUGGGGAUUUAGGGUUCUACCUGCCCACAUUGCAGCUUGGUCCCGUUGACCUUCCAAAGCUGAGCAUCGGAUACAGGGGCUCAGCUGCCUUCGCUGCUGGUGGAUCUGGAGGUGCUUGGCCCCCCCGUGAUGCCCGGCUCGUGACUGCAUGGCCAGAACACAAGUUCAUCCGUGCGGUCCUGAUCCUUCCCAACUGUGAACCAAGUUGGCUCUCCCCACCCCGCCAGCGCGCGCUGCCUGCCUCACACAGCCUGUGGCAAGGACACCUCUGACCCAUGAAAUUCAGGUGAAUCUCUUUGUAUAUUGUUUACUUGUAAAAAAAAAAAAAAAAAAAUGGACAAAAUAAGUAAGUUAAAUUUAAGUCUGUAGAAAUUAAUUUACAACUGCAAGGAAAAAAACCUGAGUUGUAAUAAAAGGAAGUUCGUGAGAUGUGGUGGGUUUUUUAUGUCAUGUACAAUAAUGUAAAACCAAUGUUACCAUUUGAUACAGCUUUUAAAUCUCUGAAAGGGCACUUGCUUUAAAGUGUUUCUUACAAAUGAAGAGAAAAAGCCCCCUUUGUUUCUUAAUAAAUACUUUAUGGUGUGACUUUGAUUUCAUUUGCUUUGUUAUAGGUUGUUUUUUUUAUUUCUUCUUCAGUUAAUGCUUUACUUUCCUCUGUCUACAAGAGCACAUCUGAUCAGCCCAGUUCUGCCCAAAAAGCAAAGUUAGGAUUUUUGGCUGUGUUUUUGAAGGAUAACAAUAAAAACAACAUCUUUAUUUACCUUA